CACCACCACCACCUCCCACCCGUGCAUCUCGCCGCUCCGCCCCACGCACUGCAUUCUCGCCGCCCAGCAGCUCUGCCGCCGCCAGCCAGACGCCCACCGCCGUGCGCCCACAGCGCUGCCCUGCGGCUGCGUCUGCCGCGAGCCGCUGAGCCUCCACUUGGAGGCAGCAGCAAGCAUGGCGGAGCGCUACGGCGGCGCGUACGACGGGCCACGCCACUCUAGCUACGGGGAGGGCAGCGACGCAAGAGAGUACGGCUACGGCAGAGAGCGCGCCUUUGACAGCGGACGCGGCUACGACAGGGGCUACGGCGCCCAGCACUACGCAGACGAGCGGGCUCGCGAUCCGCGCAAGCUCGUCGCGUACGAAGACGACCGUGCGGGCGACCACUACCGGCCGGAGCAUCGGCACGCCUCGUCUCGCUAUGAGCGAGCCGACGAUGCACGCGACGCUGUCGGCUCUGUCCGGCAUCCGUCUGAUCGCUACGGUCACGACUACUACGCGACGUCCUGGCAGUACGAGCGGCGCGACGAGGAGCGCUACUCUGCUUGGCGCGGCGGGCAGGGCCGCAGCCAGGCAGAGGAGCACGACGGCGCAGCGUUCCGGCCCGAGUCGUCGAGGGCGCAGCACUACCGCCCGCAUGAGCAUGACUGGCAGCAUGCAGAAGCUGUGCGGGAGCCGGCCUCCGGACGAGCGCAGGCGCGCCCGCGGGCGGGCGCCCAGAUGCGCCUGGUGGCGCUCGCCUCCGAUGUGCUGCCUCAUGGACAGCGCAUCGCCAUUGUCGACUCAAGAGACGAAGGUGUCAGCAUCGGGCGCGAUCGAGCAUUCUCAGCCCGCAUCAGACUGCCCGGUAGGAGCCGCCGGCCCGUGCUGCCGACUGCCACUGACGCGCCAGCUGCUACCCAGCGAUGUCUGUGUCGAAGCACCAUGCUAAUCUGUUCUUUCUCGGCGACAACGGUGACAGCGAUGACGCAGCGUGGGGCGUCACCGACGCGGGCUCGGUCCACGGCACCUUCCAUCUCGCCGCAGCGUCCGCACCCGAUGCCGACACCGCGGCCAAGAUCUCUUCGAAGCGUUUCACGCGCCUGUCGGACCCCAAGAAGGCGAGCGCACCGAAGCAGCUUGCACAUGGCGACUGGCUGCGCUGCGGCGCCACCACGUUCGAGGUGCACAUCCACGGCGGCGCCGGCGCGCUGGCGUGCGAGCGAUGCGCACUGGCUGCAGACGGCUCAAACGAGAUCAUCCUCUCGGCGGAAGCAGAGUCCGGGCACGCUGCUACUGCUUCCCGUCCCGCGGCAGCAGCGGCAAGCGUGAGCCUGCCUGGCGGCACAGCGAGCAUGUCCCAAGCUCCGACAGUGGCAGGCGCUGCGAAACCUCGGGCGCAGAUUGACCGCAAGAUCGAGACGGAAGCGGUGCGGCGUGCGCGCAUGCGCGAGAUGCGCGAGAUCUACCUCGGCGGCGG